CUUGCUGCAAUGAAGUAUUUACAAAUGAGCCUCCUUGUGUUAUUUCUCUUAAUUUCUUCUAGUACUAUAUCAGCAACAAACUGUCUAGGGGGAACAAGAAACAUAUCAAAGGAAGAAGCCGAUGAUAUAGAAAUCGAGGGACAACUAAGAAUUUUAAACAAAAAGCCAGUCAAAACCAUCAUAAACGAGAUUGGUGGCGUAAUAGAUUGCAUCGACAUUCAUAAGCAACCAGCAUUUGAUAAUCCAUUGCUCAAGGAUCAUAAAAUUCAGAUGAAUCCAAGCUCAAUUCCAGGAGAGACAAGAACUAAAAAUGUUUUAGCAUCCUCUAUCUUUCAUGGGCUACAGAGGGAACGAUGUCCUUCAGGAACAGUACCUAUACGCAGAACAACUAGAGAAGACUUGGUUAACACUAAAUAUUUCGUAAAGACAGCCGGACUAAAGGGUGCAAACGGAUAUCCUAACACUGUUUACCAUUAUGUCUUUGCAGAAGAAGUCAUCUCAGGGAAGAAAUAUUUCGGAGCCGCAGCUUCUAUGACCAUACAUAACCUUACACUAGAUCUUGACCAGUUCAGUACUUCUCAAAUUUGGAUUGUAAAUUCAUCUCCAGAAGAAACAAAUGGUAUUGAAUUCGGAAUAAUGAAAUAUCCUGGCGUAGCUGGUGAUAGUCUCCCUCGACUAUUUGGCUACUGGGCUUCUACUGAUGGGCACAAUCCUACUGGUUGUUACAAUAUGUUGUGUCCUGGAUUCGUUCAAGUCAGUAAGGACGUAUUUUUGAAUAAUCAGUUUACGCACUCGUCAACAUAUGGGGAAAAAGUAUAUGAGGCAUAUCUUGCGGUAUACCGGGCUCAAGAUACUGGUCACUGGUGGUUAAGAGUCGGACCGAAUGCUGAUGUAACUGAAGAUGUAGGAUACUGGCCAAAUGAACUCUUUACAACUUUAAAAACGAGUGCAGUGUCUGUACGAUAUGGUGGAUUUGUAGGUUCACUAUCUCAAGAAUCAAAACCGCCGAUGGGAAAUGGAUAUUUUCCUCAACUUAACGACCAUAGGAAAACAGCUUUCAUGAGACUAUUGAGGUAUGCAAACGAGACCGGAAACCUUGUUGAUGUAGACUCACGCUCAGUAAAAACUACGAGUACUGCGAAACUGGAAUGCUACAGUAUCAUAUAUGCUCGUCAGAUAGAGCGUUGGGAGAACCAUAUGGUGUAUGGUGGACCUGGUGGUAUGUGUCACUAGUAUAAUGAGAAUGCGACGAUUUUUGAUGGAAAUGAUAACAUUUUCAAGAUAAUAUUAGUUUUUAUUAUCAACAUAUAAAGAGACAUACAAUAUGAAAGAGAUAUAAGACUGCAUUGAUGUACCGAUCAAAAAAAAAGAAGUGCAUUGAUCAACAUAUAAGAGAGAAAAUAUAUUGUUUUCAU